AUGAACGGGUAUCGCGGAUAUGGCGAGGGGGACCAGGACAGGGAGUAUAGGGAAAUGGUUGAAAUCGACGUCCAACGUCAGCAAGACCAGACACAGCAGCAGCAGCAGCGUCAACAACUGCCUCAGCAGCAGCAACCUCAAGAUCAGUUCUACCAGCAAGACCUUCACUCGCCUUAUGGUCCUCCAGAGCCUCAACAGUAUACACCCUACUCACCCUAUCAAGCUCACGACGACUUUCAGCAGCAGGGCCAAGGCCGCUCCAUCACUGAGCAGAGCAGGCAGACGCCGAUGAGACCGUCUCCCGCACACAUCGAAGACUACGCUCCUGCACCCGCCCCCGAAUGGCCUCUGUCGCCCGCCGGUGGUAGCCCUCAGCCUCAGCACUACUUCAACGAGACCCCCGGGGACUCGAGGUCGGCCACUCCAUCUCUGCGGAGCGGCCAGGCGACACCCGGGCACAGGCAUCCCAAUUCCUCAGUCGACUGGAGACCUUCCAGCCUAAUGGUACCACCCACGCCUCCGAGUACCUGCUUUCACGAUCCGAGAUUCAGUGUCACUGACUAUUCCACCUCGUCCGAUGAACAGAACCAGAGUCACCUGAGUCUCGCGGCACUCUUGCCAGGAUCUACGGCUCGCAAUUCGUCAAAGGACUUUUCUGUAGAUGAGAGCGCCAUCCAGCAGGUUCACAAGCGGGAUGACUCGGACAUUUGGAAGGGAUGGAAGCGCUGGGUCUUCAAGCUGGUGCCCGUCCUGACCUUUGCUAACACGGGCUUGUACAUGGCCUACCUCGUCCUGAGAAUCGCCUGCGUGAUAUGGGCACAGAAUGCUGCCGGAGAGGUAUAUGCCGCCGCUUGGGUCUUUAUCGCCGUCGAGAUUGCCGUCGCCAUCCCCUCGCUGAUGCACAACACCUGGACCAUGUGGUCCAUGAAGAAGAGGCAGCGUCCCAAGUUGAGGCUGACAGGCAACGACGUGCCCACCGUCGACGCCUUCAUUACCUGCUGUGGUGAGGACGACGACCUCGUCAUGGAUACCGUCCGUGCCGCCUGCGACCUCGACUACCCCCGUGACCGCUUCCGAGUUGUCAUUCUCGACGAUGGUAAAUCCGCCGGCCUCGAGGCCCAGUGUGCUAAGCUCGCCCUCACGUACCCCAACCUCUACUACAUGGCCCGAAUCAAGGUCCCUGGUCAGCCUCAUCACUUCAAGGCCGGUAACCUGAACUACGGUCUGGAUCAGGUGCAUCUGCUUCCCGGAGGAGCCGGCCAGUUCAUGGCGGCUCUGGAUGCCGAUAUGAUUCCCGAGCGUGACUGGCUCCGUGCUGUUCUCCCUCAUCUCCUCGUCGAUCCCAAGAUGGCUCUCGCUUGUCCGCCCCAGCUGUUCUACAACACUCCUCGCUCCGAUCCCCUCGCCCAGAGUCUCGACUUUUUCGUCCACGUCAUCGAGCCCAUUAAGGACUCCCUCGGUGUUGCCUGGUGCACUGGUUCCGGUUAUGUGGCUCGUCGCGAAGCUCUCGAUCAGAUUGGAAACUUCCCGCUUGGUUCUCUGGCUGAGGAUGUCGCUACGUCUACCCUGAUGCUUGGAAAGGGAUGGAAGACGGCCUACGUCCACGAGCCCCUCCAGUUCGGUACUGUUCCUGAGGACUAUGGCAGCCACCUUAAGCAGCGAACUCGAUGGGCCAUUGGAACUGUCGACACGUCCUUCAAGCUCAACUUCUGCCUGUGGGGUGACAAGGUCAAGCAGAUGACGGUUGCCCAGCGAUUCUCGGGUUUCCUGUACGCUUCGCUCAGCAUCUACACCAUCCUGCUCACCAUCUCGCUCUUCGCCAUCCCCAUCAUCCUGAUCAUGCAGAAGCCCCUGGUCGCCUACGCCACUGACGAGCAGCUGCGAUGGCUGGUCCGAGCCUGCUUUGCGUCCGUCAUUUCGAACCGACUGUGCGAGUUUGCCCUGUUCAUUCCUGCGGGUUACCACACCGGUCAGCGAGGUUCCCGAUACCAGCUCUGGAUGUCGCCCUACAUUGCCUUGUGCAUCAUUCGUUCCUUCAUCCUUCCUACCUGGUUGGGCGGACAGACACAGGCCUUCAAGCCUACCGGUUCUCUCGGCUCUGCCCUGAACGAGCGUGACCCCAAGCUCAGAAAGAACAUGUUCCGGCGUCUUUGGGGUAUCCUGAUGAACUACAUGGCCCUGUUCCACCUGGCGUUUGUCUACUUGACUCUUGUCGCAGUGGUACUGACAUCGUUCCGGUCCUUUUCGACUCAGGACACGACUCGUGGUGUGCUCGUGGGGCUGCUCACGCACGCCUUCUGGCCGCCGCUGACGUUCCUCUUCAUCUGCAGCUCUCUGUGGACGCCCAUCUCGUACGCCAUUGACCCGCCUGCGAUGCCGGACCGAGAGGAUCUGCUCAACCGCGACCCCAAGACGCAGGUCGCGCACCCAACCAAGGCGAGCAAGAAGAUUGCUUUUGGUGGACAGGCUGCGUGGUUCGAGCUCGAGUACACCGUCACGACCGCCUACACUUGCCUGGUGUUUGUCGCCUCAUUCAUCUUCUGA